CCCCUGCAGGAGACGGCGUUCGCCAUGCUGGCCGAGGUCACCGAGAGGGCGCUCGCGCUCACCCGCGCCCCGCACCUGCUGCUCGUGGGGGGCGUGGCCUGUAACCAGCGGCUGCAGGAGAUGCUGCAGACAAUGUGCAGUGCUCGGGGGGUCACGCUCUGCCCCACGGAUGAGAGGUACUGCAUCGACAAUGGGGCCAUGAUCGCUCAGGCGGGCUGGGAGAUGCUGAGGGUGGGUCAGGUGACCGAGCUCGACCAAUCAGGGAUCACGCAGAGGUACCGGACAGACGAGGUGGAGGUCACGUGGCGAGACUGAGCUGGCCCCGCCCCCUUAAUAAAGUCUCCACCCCCUCCA